AUGAAUGAUGCCCUGCUGCUGAGAGCACAGCUCAGCAAACUCCCCUCCAGGCAGACCCGGCGCAGCCUGCCACCUUCCUGGGGGGACCUGCGUGCCUGUUACAGCGUGUCCUCAGCGAGCACCAAGGGGGCAGCAGGAGCGCGAGAGGUGGGCAGACGGGAGGGCGAAGGCGCUGUACAGCCAUCAGCAAUGGGGAGAGGUGUUUUUCCACAAAUCCUUUCAGGAAAGCCCAAGGUGUAUCAAGGUGUUAGAGUAAAGAUUACAGUCAAGGAGUUACUGCAGCAGAGAAGAGCACGACAAGCAGCAACCAGUGCAGCGCAAGUUUACACAGUGCUUGUUUUGCCCACGCAGGAAAAAGUGGAAAGUGGCAGUGCAGGACGUUACCUUUGUGAUCUGGAAAAGGCCAGGUUCCUAGAACAGUCUGCUUCAGCUUCCAGCAUCCCUCAGAAAAUGAAACUGUCCAUUGCCACAGAGGCACAUGGCUGUGUUAAGAGUGGGGCCCGAUGUCAGAGCUGGUUCUCAAAUGACGUCAACACCAAGCACGCACCUUUUGAUGCAGAAUCCAUCUCUUCUGUUCCCAACUAUUGUCCAUCAUGGCAGUUAUCAAAUUACCUCUCCUGCGAAGAAAGCCCUAGCUCUUUGGAGCAACUGGUAGAUUCCUGUCUUCAGACAGAUGCACCCUUAGACCCAGCCUUCAGUGCUUUCCAGACGUCCUCGCACUACACCUCAGAUGCCUUCCAGCCAGUCCCACUCUGCUUUAACCAGGGCCUGGCUGCCGGAUCCCCCAGUUCAGCUGAUCUGUCCAGCUCAUUAAACUACAGCUGCUCUCCUCCUCAGCUAUCUCCUUUCACCCCGCUGACCCACUGCCCACCCUCUGCUCUGGACACCAAGACCUAUGGCUGCCCUGCGGAGGAGUGGGCCUACCAUACCCCCCUACCAUACCCCCUCCCCUACUUCCCCUGCCCCGGCACGGACUGCAUGGACUACCUACCGCCCAUGGCCAUGGCCGAUGACUUCUUCAGAAGGGAUAGGAACUGUGACAUCUGCUAUAGCUAA